ACAUUCCUUCCAUUCGAUGCAAAAUCUUCCGUUUGGGAAGAUGUAAAACCCGUACCACAAGAUGAUGGACCGGCACCAUUAUGUCCAAUUCUGUAUUCUCCCAACUAUUCACAGGCUAUGGAUUUGCUGAGAGCAUUGCUACCAAAAGAUGAAUUAUCUCCACGUACGCUUGCUUUGACAGAACAUCUUUCAAAAUUAUGUCCAUCUAGUUAUACAGUCUGGUUCUAUCGGGCUAGAAUCUUGAUUAACGGUCCUGAAGAUGGUCCAAACGGUUUAGGUAACAAGAAGCAGAGACUUGAAAAUGAACUUGUUUAUCUGAACGACCUUGCGAAGAACAAUAUGAAAAAUUAUCAAGUUUGGCAGCACAGAAAAUUAAUCGUCACAGCUCUUGGCGAUCCAUCACACGAAUUGGAGUUCGCUGCUCGUGUAUUACAGGAAGAUAGUAAGAAUUACAAUACUUGGGUGUACAGACAAUGGGUACUUUCAUACUUUGGCGGCUUGCCCAUUCAAUCAGAGAAGGUUACUUCAGUCGUUGAUCAGUCUCCGUCGUCUGCUGGAAAAUAUCCCCAGAUCUGGGAAGGAGAAGGACAGUACAUCGCGCAAAUGUUGCAAAUGGACGCUCGUAACAAUUCAGCUUGGAAUCAUCGAUACUUUUGUUUGUUUGCAAGCAAAUGGGUGCAAAGUGUUGAAAAGGAUGCAAGCGCAAAACACUUGUGUGGAGAAGCAUGGAAGGUAGGCAAGACAAAGGAAGAAUGUAUCAAGAACGAAAUCGCAUUCACAAAAGAUUGUAUCAAAAUGAUACCAAACAAUGCCAGCGCUUGGAAUUACCUUCGUGGUGUUGUUUCUCUUCUGAAAUCAAACGAUCCUUCUGUCAAUCCAUACGCAGUUGCAACGGAUUUGGCAUUGAGUCUCUUACCCACUGCGCAAGAGGCUUUGCAAGAUCCUUCCGUUGACGCUCCUCCGAGAUCGCCUCCACUGGCUCUAGAGUGGUUGCUCGAUGAUGUAGAGGCAAAGAUGGCUUUCGAGAAAGAUGAAGCAAAGAAACAAGAGUUAGACAAACAAGCCGAAUCGAUCGUUGGCCGUUUG